UGUAGCGAUUUAGGGCUUGUACCCUCGCCGCCAUGGAUAUAAGCUUCAAGAAAUUUCUGGUCAUUCUUCCGUGCAAAUACUCUUGUCUGCUUGCAAGCAACUGAAUCAGCUUCUGCAUUGCAUUUCUCUUGACCUUUUAAAAAAAAAUUAUCCAUUCUCUGCAAAUCAUAUAAUGGAAGUCGCUGAUUAUUGAAGAUGGAGGUUGGAAUCGGUGAUUUUGCGGUUGAUUUCGAUAUGUAUUUAUUGUUUUCGAUGGAUUUAGUUCGUGAAAUAUCGGCGAUGGUUUUUCCGAGUCAGUCUGAAGUCUUUCAGCCGCGAUUUCCCUGUUUAAAAGUACGGGACCAUUUUAGGAGACGACGAAUCUUUGUUGUAGAAGAUGAAAGGAUGAAUAAAAAUAAUACAAAUGAAAAUGUUUUUGGUGAUAUUGAAGACGACACGGAGUUGGAGGAGAGGAAUGAAAAUGCGGGUUGCAGUAGGAACAAAUUUGAUGAUGAUGUGUUUGAUUUAAAUGAUGAUAAUAAAGCUAAAGAGGUGUCGGAGGAAGAUGAUUUAAUAAUUACGGGAAAUGUAAAUUGUUAUGAUGAUUAUGGUUUUGAUGAUAAAGAAGUUACACCCGAUAGACCGAGGGCUCGAAAUCCAUCAAAGUAUUUGUGCCCUUCUUAUACCGAGAUAGAGAUUUUUGGAGCGCCUUGUUUGGGCAUACACACGACGGAUGGUUGGAGGCAGCGCAUAUGACCAUUUGAUGUAAACUACUGAUGGAGAGACGUUUUGAUAGCGACCAGCAUACAAUAAUGCCUCCAAAUUUUUUUGCUUGCCAUGUUCUGGAGGAUGGGUACGAUCGAAGGGCGUUUAUGUCUGGUAUUGCUACAUUCCUCAACUUCAUGGUUGUUUGGUAGGAUGUCGAUACGGUCCUAAUGCCGAUUCAUUCAUUCCCUAAUCACUGGUUAUUUGGGGAACUACGAUUGGUGUCAAUGGAAGUCCAUCUUUAUGACAGUCUCGGUAGAAGGGAUUAUGAAAAAUUCAACUCUGAUGGAACCUUUACCAAAUUUGAAGCUCGGGUGGCAAAUUAUUUAGACAAGAUUGACUAUUGGGCCCGGAGGAACAUCCCAAGGAUUCCAUUGAAUAUGCAAUUCAUUUUCGAAGCAAAUGUUCCCCAACAAAGUAGUCAGUUAGGAGAUUGCGGUGUUUUGCCAACGUGAACUUAUUGACCCAAGGAACGCAGCUCUAGAGUUUUGCAAACGGAUGACAAAAAUUUAUUGGGGGUCGAGUCUUGGCCCUAUGUAGUUGGAUUAUAUAUUUGUAUAUGUAAUUGAAUGUUGGAUUUGAUUAUUAACCGUUUAAUGUUACAACUACAACCGAGUACACCAUUA